AUGAUAAAAAUAAUACCAGCUGUAGCAGAAAUAGGGCCACAAUAUCGCCAGGAAAAUGGCAAAUUUAUAGACUGCCGAGAGGUGGUCGGGCCGUCUGGCACAUCCGCCUCCUCGUCCUCCAAUGGCCUGGCCAAGUUCGCGCCCGGCGUAUUCCCGGCCCCCUUCCCUCCCCAGCAGGAGCAGGAGUUCAUUCGGAGAUCCAGCAGAAGCAGCGGCAGUGUCCUCAGCAACCUCGGGACCAGCGUCGGCAACAGCGGCGGCGGCGGCGGCGGCGGCGGCGCCAGCAGGAACAGCGUGAACACCAAGCUGGGCGGCAGCACGCAGCUGGGCAUGACCCUGAGCGGCAGCAGCAGCACGCCCGUGGAGCCCAUCAAGCCCCUGCUGGACCUGAGCGCGGGCGGGGGGGCGGCCAACCGCUUCUUCACGCUGCCCUCGUACCCGGUGUUCGACGAGGCGGCGCCCAGGAACGUGUCGGGGCUCGCGGGCAACACCGUCUACCUCCACUGCCUCGUCCACAACCUCGCCGACAAGAGCGUCUCUUGGAUCCGGCAGCGCGACCUACACAUCUUGACCGUCGGCCGCUACACCUACACGACAGACCAGCGUUAUGAAGUUAUACACUCUGUCGACUCGCAGGACUGGAUACUGAAGAUAAAGUAUGCGCAGGUCCGGGACUCGGGGACCUACGAGUGCCAGGUGUCUACCAAGCCUGUCAGGUCGUUUAAUGUGCAUCUCAGCGUCUUCGCACCCCAAGCGGAGAUCAUCGGCGCCCCCGACAUGUACGUGGACAGAGGAUCGACUAUCAACCUCACCUGCGUCAUCGCCUACAGCCCCCACCCCCCCGCCUACAUCUUCUGGUACCACGAUGGCAAGGUGGUGAACUACGACUCCCCUCGCGGCGGAGUGACGGUGGUGAUGGAGAGGGGAAACACAUCCUACGGUUACCUAGUCAUAGAGGACGCCCGCCCGCCCGACUCUGGGAAUUACACGUGCGCGCCCUCGAACACGCCCUCGACGAGUCUCCGAGUCCACGUACUCUACGGCGAGGAACCGGCCGCGAUGCAGACCAACGGCUCAGGAACCAGCGCGGCUCACGCCCCCAGCCUGCCUUCCUUCCUCUUGGCUGCGGCCGUGGUCUUUCCCUUCUUAAUCCUGGGAGAUUUCCCCAAAUACUUAGGGAACCUGGCCAUUCCCGAGGGCGCUAGGAAUCCCAGCCACACGCCGAAGGACCUGUUGAUAAAAGUCCCGGCAAAGGAAGACGAGGACCUGUUGCUCCGCGGGACUUCCACUUGGCCGGACGAAGUGGCACUUUCGAGUACCUGA